GUCCGCUGGCGCUGCUACGCCCCCUCCAAGGCUGCAUUGCAGCAUCUGCUCGGUCAUCCGCCGGCAGGAGGAGCUGAGCAAGCAACAAGUUCUAGUGCUAUAUAACAUUGUGACGCGACCCCGGUUGGUCCGAUUCUGCCUUCACUCCUGCACCCACAUUCAGCCCAGCCGACGUUGGAAACAUACCCCUCAUCAACCCCUCACCAGCCUAUACGCGCACCCUCUUCAUUUCUUUUGACCACACACAUCCUAUCCACUUGAUACGCUCAAAAUGUCCGGCCCUUACGACCAAUACAACCAGGGCUACCAGCAGCAAUACCCGCCCCAUGGCCAACAGCAGUAUCCACCUCAGCAAGGCUGGGACCAGGGCGGAUAUCAGCAGCCUGGCUACCCACCGCAGCAGCACCAGGGCCAUCACGACCCCCAACAGCAGGGCUACCAACAGCAGCAAGGUUACAACCAGCAGUAUGGCGCACCUGCACACGGCGGUUUCCAGCACGGUCAGCAAGCGCCCUAUGACCAGCAGCAGGGUUAUGGCCAACAACAGCAAUACCCCCCAUCAAGCCAAUAUCCUGGUCAGCAGCCAUCGCACCAAUUUCCCCAGCAAGGCGCCUAUCCCCAAGACCAGUACCCCCAAGGCCAGAACCCAUAUGGCCAGCCCCAGCCAGGCCAACACGGCCCAACAGAUCCCAAUGCACAGGCCGAGGGCGAUCGUGGACUGAUGGGCGCUCUCGGUGGCGGUGCAGCCGGCUACUUUGGAGGUAACAAAAUAGGCGGCCACGGCAUUCUCGGUGCCAUAGCAGGCUCCAUCCUUGGCAGCAAACUCGAAGACAAGCACAAGAAAGGAAAGAACAGCAACGGCUAUCACUAGAAGGGUAGUACUAGACCGAGGGCCGCGUCCUUGACCUGAUGCGUAAUGAUUUUUCUAUGUAACACACGCACGUUUCUAUGAAUAGGUGGACUUGUCUUUGACGAAAGGGGGGAAACGCGUUCUGGAUUACAUGUUGAUUACCCUGUAAGGGGGGUCAUAGCAUUGUUUUUGUGUAUAAGCUUUUCAUGCAUUCACCUUUUAAGCCCUUUUCCACGUAUACUCUUAUUCACACAAACGAAAUGAAUUAAAACAAUGAAAUUGCAUAAAGUUCAAAUUUUACAACACACAUACC